UUUUUAUUGCAGUCCUCGUCGCUUCGAACGGAGUUAAAGGGAGAUACUUCUUCUCUGCUCCCUUCCCGAUCCGUCUAAAUUCUCUCUCUUUUCUCGGUUCUUGUUGUUCUCCGCUGGGGGGAGUAGAGAGGCGAGGGAGAGAAGGGUAUCAGUAUUACCAGAUCGGGACCGAGUAAUGAGAUAAGGUGGGGGAAAGGAAAGAAAGAAUGGGGAGGAAGUCGAAGUGGUUUGGUGCUGUCAAGAGGGUUUUCAGCCCGGAAUCGAAGGAGAAGAAGAGAGAGAAAUCCAAGAAGAAAUCACUACUUGAGACGUCCAAGAAUUCAGAUCCAUGCCCUCCGGAGCCAUUAGAGAAUGCUGCUCCAGUCUCAGUUCCUCCUCAUCCACCUUUGCCUCAGCAUGAGGAGGUCAAAGCGGUCGAGGCCGAGAAUGAGCAGAACAACCGUGCCUGCUCUGUGGUGCAGGUCACUGCAGCUGCAGCGGAGGCUGCUGCGGCAGCUGGUCGGGCUGCUGCGGAGGUCGUUCGCCUCACAACAGCGGCAAGGUUCCCCGGAAAGUCGAGAGAGGAGAUUGCAGCAAUCAAGAUCCAGACUGCCUUCCGAGGAUACCUGGCAAGAAGAGCACUGCGGGCCCUGAGAGGACUGGUUAGGUUGAAGUACUUGAUUGAUGGAAAUUCUGUCAAGCGUCAAGCCACAACUACGUUACGUUGCAUGCAGACACUGGCAAGAGUUCAGUCACAGAUCCGUUCUAGGAGAAUCCGAAUGCUCGAGGAAAACCAGGCCCUUCAACGGCAGCUGCUGCUUAAACGUGAGAGAGAGCUUGAAAGUUUGAGGAGGGGAGAGGAAUGGGAUGAUCGAAUACAAUCCAAAGAGCAAAUUGAAGCAAGUCUGCUGAGCAAGCAAGAGGCUGCAAUAAGAAGAGAGAGAGCAUUGGCUUAUGCAUUUUCUCAUCAGUGGAAGAACUCUUCAAGGUCAGCGGCCCCAAUGUUUAUGGAUCCCAACAACCCACAGUGGGGUUGGAGCUGGUUGGAGCGCUGGAUGGUGGCAAGGCCAUGGGAAAGCCAGAGCACGACAGAUAGAGAGCUCAACAGUGAUCAUGCCUCUGUAAAGAGCACCAGCCAAAGUAUUGGAGGAGGGGAAAUAAUCAAAGCCUAUGCUCGGCGUGACAGCAAUCUGGAGAGGCCCUCACCCACCACCCAGAAAUUAAACCGCCCCACCAGCCGCCAGUCUCCAUCAACACCUAACUCCAAGACAUCGCUGGUUGUGAGAAAGAUAAAAUCAGCAAGCCCGAAAACUGGCUGGAGCCUGUCGGAGGAUGACUCGAGGAGCAUAGUCAGCAUACAGUCGGAGCGCCCCAGGAGGCACAGCUUAGCAUGGUCGUCCUUCAGGGAUGAUGAGAGCCUAGCAAGCUCUCCUGCCACUCCUAGCUACAUGGCACCAACAGAAUCAGCAAGGGCCAAAACCCGCUUCCAGAGCCCAUUAAAUGAUAAAAUUGAGGCUUCAGAUACAGGGUCUGUAGGUUCUGUGAAGAAGAGGUUGUCUUUUCCAGUGGGAGAUAAGAAUGGUGUGACAUCUCCAGCAGGAGUGAGGCGACACUCAGGUCCUCCCAAGGUGGACAUUGCAUCCAUUAAGGAUGUAGAAGUCCAUGCAGACCACAAAACUAGCAAUGGUGUAAGCAGAUAAACUUAAGGCGGCAGAGAGGUGGAAAAAAGCUCUUGUGGAGGACCUAUUACUACAGCCAAUUCGUUUAUUGUAAUAUGAUUUGUUUUUAUUGAAUUGUUUAUCGAUGACACAUCAGCUUUUGGGGAUUGCUUUGUUUUAUUAUUUUUCUUAGUUUUAUUCCCACCUAUUGCUUGCUGUAGGGGGGGUAAACAAGAAUUUGAUUCAAUUUCUGUGACAGGAUUCUGGAUCCUGAGACUUGUCCUUUCCUGCUAUUGGGUGUUGAAUGAAAGUUGAUGUUUAUUCA